CUUACCUUUUUAGUCCCGUCACGGCGAUAUUGAAACAUCGCUCAGCGAAAGUGGUUUGGGUUCGUCAAUAAUUACAUUUCAGGCAACCAUUACUUAUGUAGUCUGCUGUGGUCAUAUUAGACAAACAUACCACGGUCCCUCCGGCCUAAUUCACGUGAGCGAUUGUUUCAUUUUGAGGAUGAGGGGUUGAAACUUUCAUUGUCAAGUUGUCACUCACCACAUUUCAAACUCGUAUCUGGAAAGCCGGAUUCUGAACCAGAUUAUGGUCAAUAUCAUUUGAAAGCUUCAUUGUUGCAGUUGGUCGUCAUCAUGACCUCCGUCACGGAAACCACACUCCCGGGUGGAACGCCAGGCUUCAACGGCGCAGACUGGUCCAAGUACAUGGCCUACCGCCCCAUCUACCCCGCUUCCUUCUUCAAGCGCAUAUACGAGUACCAUAGUGUGAAGCCCCAAGCCGGCUGGUCUACAGCUCAUGAUGUCGGCGCCGGAGUCGGGAUCGUUGCGGCAAGUCUAGCUGCUAGUUUCAACAACGUCAUCGUCUCAGAUCCCAACGAUGGCUACACGACGCUCGCCCGCAAGAUUCUCGUCGAAGACUCAGGCAUCCCGGAGUCCAAAUUCACUUUCUUUCAGGAGGGCGCAGAGAAGAGCGCCGCCGAGUCCGGGACGGUCGAUCUGAUUGCUGCUUGUGAGAUGAUCCAGUGGACCGAUAUUGAUGCUGCAAUGGAGGAGUUCGACCGGGAGCUCAGGGUUGGCGGGACUGUGGCGGUGACUUCCUACACAAGGCCGCGGAUCAUGGGCAACGAAAGGGCCCAGAGGAUCUGGCAGGCGAUCUUCACAGAGUAUGCUAAGAGAACUCGAGGUCUCGGUCACCUGUACGAUCGCGCCUUCGAGACCAUAAACUCCGGGCUUGAGAAUGUGGAAUUUCCCGAGGCUAGAUGGGAGGCUGUCAAAAGGAUUUACAUUAAUUCGGGCGGCAGCUUGGAGGUCUUCCAAAUUGAUGACCGGGUAGGUGAGAGUCGAGUCAAAAAAGGGGAGGAGAAGGUCUGGGAAGAAGGUGAUGAAGAUUGGUCCGAUAUCAAAGAUAUUGACUGGUUCAAGGCCUACCUUGCUACAUGGUCCGCUCGCAUUCCAGAGACCGAAAUCCAGAGUCUUUGGGAUGAAAUGGAAAUUUCCCUGAAAGGUGAGAGGGCGAGGAUAGAAACACCGAUUGUGCUGGUUUUUGCCACGAAGAAGGCGUAGUCUAGUGGUUAUGUUUUGCGGGUAGACAAAAGUUUCCACGCCCAAGUUUCGUUACUAAAUCCUACUCGAUGCUGACCGUCGUAUCUAAAAUUGGUGUACUCAAGUACUUGUUCGCCGACCCAAAUCUUGUAAAUUAAAG